UGCCAGUUCGGGAGGUUUAUAGCAGAUAAAUCUGACAGCUGUUUAAUACAAACAUCAACUGCUCAAUUUCCUGCACAGGUGUAAUCAGAGUGUUUGAUGCUGACCACACUGCAGCAGUAAUAAAAGCAUCAUGGGAAACACGAGCAGUGAGCGGUCAGGUGUCGGUCAGGGCGAGAAAGGCCACCGGAGGGACAGCCGUGGAACGAAGGAUGGAGACCGGCCAAAGAUCCUGAUGGACAGUCCUGAGGAUGCGGAUAUUUAUCAAGGCGAGGACAUGAAGGCCCCUUUAGAGAAGGAGGAGUUCCUAGCGUGGAGACAGGACCUGGAGAGCAGUGAUAAGGAUUCCUUGGCACGACCCACCGUGUUCCGCUGGACGGGCGCCGGCAAAGAAGUUUAUCUCUCCGGAUCCUUCGACAACUGGGCCAAUAAGAUUCCUCUGACCAGAAGUCAGAACAACUUUGUGGCAAUUCUGGACCUGCCUGAGGGGGAACAUCAGUAUAAAUUUUACGUGGAUGGACAGUGGACCCAUGACCCAUCAGAGCCUGUAGUAACCAAUCAACUGGGCACCAUCAACAACAUCAUCCAGGUGAAGAAAACGGACUUUGAGGUUUUCGACGCGCUCAUGGUGGACUCUCAGAAAUGCUCGGACAUGUCAGAUCUUUCCAGUUCUCCUCCUGGACCGUAUCAUCAGGACGCCUACAUUCCCAAACAGGAUGAGAAGUUCAAAUCGCCUCCCAUCCUCCCCCCUCACCUACUGCAGGUCAUCCUCAAUAAGGACACGGGCAUCUCAUGUGACCCUGCUUUACUUCCUGAGCCGAACCAUGUGAUGCUGAACCACCUCUAUGCUCUCUCCAUCAAGGACGGCGUGAUGGUGCUUAGCGGCACACAUCGCUAUAAGAAGAAGUACGUCACCACCCUGCUGUACAAACCCAUCUGAUUCCCUUCACCAGCAACUUUACCUGCCCUGUUUGGUCAUUCCACUGCUGAUAACUAGUGUCCAGUGUAGGUGUCGUCCAGUCUCAUUGUUCUGUUAUUAUUAGUAUUGCUAAUAUUUGGGGUCGGCGUACGUACAACAUCGACUCCUCAGAUGCUGUCGAGGGAAUGUACAUAUCAAUAAAAACUAAAUCUCACAA